UUUGCAGUUCCUAACUUCAUGGCUGCUAACGAGGUCGUCACUAGUAAGGCAGAUAUUCACACCUUUCUUUUAGGCUUAUUUCAAAACGCAAAAGGGUUCAUUUUGCGCUUCUUAAUUUUUGUUGCUCCGUAACGGAAUCCUAUAGAAAAAAGAAGAUAGAUCCUGAAAAAGAAGGCUCAAAGGAGCAGCCAUGGAAGUAUCGGACGAACACGAACUUGAUCGGCUGCUCUUUUUUGAGCAAGCUCGUAAAAUUUCCGAAGCCAAUUACGCUUCAGAUCCUAACGACGCCGAUAACUUGACCAGAUGGGCCGGAGCUUUACUGGAGUUGUCUCAGUGUCAAAGUCCUCAAGUUUCCCUGAAAAUGAUCAAAGAUGCUAUUGCGAAGUUAGAGCAAGCAUUGUCCAUUAACCCUCAAAAGCAUGAAGCUUUAUGGUGUUUGGGAAAUGCUGAGACUUCUUUAGCAUUUCUGACUAAUAAGGAAGAUGAAGCCGGGCCUCAUUUCGAUAAGGCUGCUACAUAUUUCCAGCAAGCAGUUGAUGAGGAUCCCACUAAUGAAGUUUACCUCAAAUCACUCGAAAUAUCUUCUAAGGCUCCAGAAUUACUCCGCGAAAUUCUUAAGCAUGGUUUAGAUCAACAAAUGGUUGGGGUUGGAUCUCCUCAUGCUCCUGCAUCCAGUUCAGAAAAUCCCGGUAAAAAGGGUAAGAAAAACAAUGAUCUCAGAUAUGACAUAUUUGGUUGGAUAAUCCUUGCUAUUGGCAUCAUCGUAUGGGUCGGGUUUGCUAAAUCUCGAUUGCCACCACCGCCACGAUAAGCUGAGGGAUGCCUUGCCUUCAGACCUUUGAGUUUGAGACAUUGGGAGAAUAAUGUGUUAUCUUAGUUAUUAAUAUCUUUUACCUUGUUCAUGCUAGCUUUAGCUUAGUCUUCUGCAUUUGUUACAAGUUAGAAUUUAUAGCCACGGCCUAAUAAAUCGAUCAUGGAUUUACUAAGUUUUAAAAUAACUAUUUU